GACAAUUAUAAUCGUCGGCCCAACCAGAUCUUCCCCAAAUCGAACCCUCGUCCACAAUCCACAUAGCCUCCUCCGCCGCCCCCCUCCUCCGCCGACCUAGGCGACCCCCAGCGGCGUCGAUGGCGCCCGGUGCGGCGAGGUCGACGCCGCCUCCCUCUCCAGCACCAGACCCCAGGAGGGAAGGGAGCCCCCUUCAUCGUGCUGCGAGCGUGGCGACCACAAGCACUAGAGGAAGCCGUGCUUCUUGCCUCCUCUGUCGUCUCAGGGUCGUCGUCCCACCACCAGGCUGUGGCGCGCACAGAUCCCCAUCACGGCAUCCUCCACUCCGACGGCAGGAGCGGUGCGUGCUCCUCACUAUGCUGGCACACCACGCUGCUCAGAUGUCAGAUCCGUCACGGUGGACUCGAUACAGCCUUGCUCCAGAUGUUUUUGGUUUCUUACUAUUUUGUUGGCUGCUCGGAGGGGACGAGGCUGUUAGACUUUUUGGUAUGAGGCAACUGGGCAAGAAGGAAGUAGAAUGAGGCUGCACCCCUUGAAAGUAGAAGGAAUCCUCUGCCCUAAGAAAGAACAUGGAAAGAGCACUCCUGGGAAAAAGAAGUAAACUACAAUCUUGCAAAUGAACAAAGAAACAGAACCUUGCUCACAAAAUUUCGCGUGAGUGGUAACAUUUCUCUUCACACGUAUAAUCUGAUUUUCAACACUUCAAUUAGAAACUGCACGAUUGGAGACACUGAGUCAUCACAUUGGCUAAUACAAGUGAUUUUUUUCUCUAGAAUACGCACAAGCAUGUGUAUCAUAUGUUAAAUUGUUAAUAGAAGAAAGAGGUGGAGAGCCCCAUCCACGUUUUUACAUCCACGGCCUUAGGCCCAAGGUUCACCACACGGAUUACUCAAGAACUACCCGCCCCGCCUAUACAACCUAGCAAACAGCCCCGAGACCUCUCCACGCAAGAGUCCCGCUACAUGCCAUGCUAAUACAAGUGAUUUAUUUGAGAGGAACACAAGUGACCUUUACCUUAGUUAUGCCAGCUCUAUUUUCUUUCAGAAAAUCCUUUUUAUGGAUUGAUGGUGGGACUUGGGAGCCACAUAUACAUGCGUGGAGGCUUCUCUCUUUGCAUAAUUUUGUUCUAGAUGCUUAUACUUUUUUCCUCUUAACUGGGGGCUGUUUCAAAAAGGAAGCACCUCAUGUGUAAAAAUUGGCUGACCUGCCGUUUACUAUUUACCAUUUUCUAUACAGCCUGAAUGUACUGGAAGGAACAACAUUUGUGAGUUUAUAAUCAGCUGUAGUAAUCUUGCUAUAGAUAUAUACACACUGAAAGUCUGAAAACAUGCUAGUAAAAGCUACUUGCUUUGAAAGCAGCAUUAUGGUUUAUAUUCAGUCAGAAUUAAAUAUUCAAUAUUGCUAGAUGAACCAUGCUCUCAUUCAGACAAUGGAGUGGGACUGCAAUGCCAUUGAAUUGAGUGUAAAUAUUCAAUUCUUUUAUUUAAAUUGUCAGUGAGAGGGAGAGACAGAGAGUUUGUUUCUGUAACACUAACACCACUUAGUUUGUUGAAAUACUUUCCUAGAGCGAUGUAAGUUCACAUAGGUGCCAUAAUCCUUGCUUAAACUUUCAUACUCUAGAAUACAAAAUAAUAUUUGUAUGCUUUUGCAGUUUGCACUAUAAGUGUUAUUUCCAGGAUAAAAAAUUCUUCUACAACCAAACACGACUAAUAUAUCUCUGAUGUGUUCGAUAUAGAUUUGUAGCUUGUAUCAUUUACGUAUGGUAUCCAUUUUUUAAUUUUAUAUGUAUAUAGGUUGUUCAUUAACUGGUUGUUGCGCAAAUUUGGGUAUGGGCUGCUGCAUUCUGUCGAGUUAAGAUUGACCAAGUCUAGCUGAGUAGUAGACUAAAGAAAUUAUAUUUACAAUAUUGCAUUCUUUCAACUAAAAGGAGAAGUUUACUCAGUCAAAUGCUCACUCAUGCUAAUUUGGAGGCUUAAAAACUCUAUGACUCCUCUAACAAUUAGAACGCUUAUGAAGAGAAUAUGUAGGAGACAUAGAUGUAUAUGCGGAAGGACAUUCAAGGAAUCUUGUGUCAUGCUAAGAUCUAUGUUUAGACAUAUCAUGCUUCUAUUUUUAUGAUCCAAAGGAGGAGAGACAUGAACAAUUAUUUACAAAAGCUUAGCAGUAUAUAUUGAACUGACAUGGAUACAUGUUUCAGUAUCAGGCCGAUACAGAUACGUAAAUUUGUCAUUUUAAUAAAAGCGCCAAUACGGGCACACAUUUUUCAGCUUGUUUUAUGCUAAUACAGCUUGAUCCAUUGCAAUCUCACUUAAUGCAUUAAGAGGACCAGAGGAGCCAUCUGGAGGAGAGGAUCAGAGGAGAUGAGAUUAUGAGAGGAGAAACAAGAAGGCAGAAGAGGAAGUGAGGUUAGCUAAGGUGGUUGGCGGCUGAAUGGCUCGGUGUACAUACCUUGGUGGUUGUGCUGACCUCAACCAUAUAGCUGCCGCUAAGGAUCUAAACAUUCUAGUAUUUUACACGAAUUUGUGAAGUUCAACUUCUGAGUGUCGCGACUCAUGACUAAACAUUCAAGUUGUUAGCAUAGCAAAACUCAAUAUGUCAAAAUGAAACUACUCUUGCUUACUUGAUCAUUUCGAGUAUGAAUAUGAAACAAUGGUUAUUUAUGUCAUGUUUAUACAUAUCUUGAACUGUACUGGAAGGUAUCAAUGUUUGUGAAUUCAUACUCAGCAGCAAUAAUAUUGCUAUAGAUACACAGGGGAAGUUUGAAAACAUGCAGUAGAAAUACAUGGCAACUACCAUAUGUAGCUGUAUGCUACUUGCUUUGAAAACAUCACUAUGAUUUGCUUCUUUGCCUGCCAAAUGAUUAUUAUGCCAGUAUGUAUUUUCUAUGUGAUAUUAUGUCCAUUUUUUUGUGCUGCAGUAUAGAUCAUUUAACAAAGUUAUUACCUUAUAGCAGUUGUACCAUCUUGUCUGUUCAGGUUGGCAUCACCACUAGAAGAUCUUCAUAGUAACAACACAAUAGAUUAGUCUGAUCUUCAGAGCAUUGCAAGUUUGGUGACUCUUCUGCUGGAGACAUGUGGCCCUCUUCAAGUAAUGCAGAUUCACAGGAUAGUGCUGAGAAUGGUAUUCAAAAGACAUCCCAUGAAUAUGGUAAUGUACUAAUGUCAUCCAACAAACGGCUGAGCAGAAAAUGUGAUAAUGCCAUUGUCUUAUUGGACAUGGUUGUAGCCAUGAGUCAAGCUCAAACAGUUGGUGUAACUUAGUUGUAAAUUAUGUUAAUUGAUGUGGUUGGAUGCUACUGAACAAAUGUAUGUUGAAAUGUUGAAAUUUUAGUAUGAAAGUGUUUGGGGUGUGCUAUUGAA